UGCCGAAUACAGCCCACAGUGCCGUAUUCGGCACCUCAGUUGCCGAAUUCAGUACAUCAUGUCACUUUCACGUCCUGUCGAUGCUUUCGGUGUGUGCGUGCCAGCGGGAUGCUGCUUUUGCGCUUAAUAAAAGCCCUGGCUCGCAGAAGAGAGAAGGGAGAAGAGAAGAGAGCAGCAAAGGAGAGAAGGGAGAAGAGAAGAGAGCAGCAAAGGAGAGAAGGGAGAAGAAAAGAGAGCAGCAGUGGAGAGAAGAGAGUAGCAACGGAGCAACGCUAGGAGAAGCAGCUCGAGCAGAGGGGGCAGCCGGAGAGGAUCAACGCGAGCAGCAGCCGCGCUCAAUUUCCUUAAGAGACAGAGCGUAGGUAGUCAGUGAGCAAGAAAUCUAUGGCGGGAUCCUCUAGUACAGGCUUUCCAUGGACACCUGCAACGAUCGCUAUAGCACUUAAUGCCUCCUUACAGGUUGUGCGCGAAGGAAACGAUGAUCCGUUAAAGGAGAACAACAUAAUCCAAGCCGUGGCGAAAUUGCAUGCAAGACCCAUAUGUUCUAGGUUAACCGCGCCACUCCAAUGUGUAACCACCGAGGACCUUAGGGCCCUCUUGUAUCACCGGCGUCAAAUGUAUCUGAGGGUCCGCGAACUGGCCGACCAUCCUUCUGUGAUAGGUUUCUCUAGGAGGCAAAGAACGAUAGUAAUGUCGCCAGACCAGUAUGCAUCCCAUAUUCAGGCUUUCCCGGAAGACGAACAGUUGAUCAACAAAGAAAUCUCACACUUCUUGACGAUGUGUAUGCUCUUCGGCGGGGGUGUGAUGCCUGGUUCGCGUAGAAGACGACGACAGUCAGCGAAUCAAAGGGGUACAGAGGCGACCUCUACGAAUCAUCCAGAUAAUGACGAGGACGAAGACGAUGACGAUUUCAUGCCCCCCAUGCCUAGACGUUCGAACAGAAAUACAGGAGAAAGUUCUAGGAACACUGCAAGAGGACGUUCACGCACAACAUCGAGAUGCCAUACAACUGAUAGGGAAAUAGGACAUGGUACCACCUCGGAGAAACCUCAAGAUGAUGACGACGACGACGAUUUCAUGCCACAACGACCCCGCCCUCCGAGGCUUCCAUCUCCGGAGGACACCGAUGACCCUGAAAAUGAUGAUGGAUUUGCUCGUACUCAUUUUUACAACUUCCCAGAACCACCUCAGAGACGACAACCAUCUUACCCGGAUAGCUUUGACCAUCGCACCUGAAAUUCUUACGCUAAUUUGCGUCGCCACUUUCCUUCGCCCUAAGCAUCUAU